ACCAGCCCAAUGCGCUGCUUGCAAUAUGCCUUGAUAAUAUUGGCAAUUCUGGCAUUGAUUGGAGGAUGCUUCUUCCUCUGUACAAACUUUUGUAUUGAAGAGGAUCGGAAAGUAGUUGAACAGGCCCGCGCCCCAAGCCCACCACCUGAAUUGAACCUACAGGACAUACUGGUGUACGACUCUGAAGAUCCUGGAUAUGCUGCUCAGCCUUCUCUAGAAUUGGCUCCUGAGUCUCCAGAUCCUGCUCCAGAACGACCUGCUCAGCCUGCAGAUCUCGAUACAUGCCGGUUCUGCUGCUUUCCGUUUCUAGGACUGGCUCCUAAGCUUUCAAAUCCUUCUCCAGAGAUACCUGCUCAGCCUCCAGAUCCUUCUGUAGGACUGGCUCCCGAGCCUCCAGAUCCUGCUCCAGAACUACCUGCUGAGCCUCCAGAUCCUGAUACAUGCAGGUCCUGCUGCUUUCCCUUUCCUAGGACUGGCUCCUGAGUUUCCAGAUCCUGCUUCGGAGAUGCCUGCUCAUCCUCCAGGAGGAGAAAACUAUAGACAGGGAGAAUACCUGAACAUAUAGCAUAGGAACCAGGACUGUAACUGGAGUUAACCACACACUAGGAAGUGGGCAUGGUGGAAGCCCAGGGGGAUACCCAUACACAACUGGAGAUGACAUAGUGAUAUUGCAGGUUUAAUGGCAACAGAAGAUAAUAACAGGAACAGUCAAAAAUCGAAAACAAGGUCAAGCCAAGGUCGUUAUCAGGAAAUCCAGGAGGGCAAGGAAUGCUGGAACAAGAACACUGGAACAAGGGAUUCCGGAAUACAGGAACAAGGAAUGCAGGUCAUACAGGAACACACACAAUGACUCAGCCCUGGGCAACGCUCUGGGCUGGGUUUAUAAAGGAAUGGUGAUGAGAAAUGGGAAACACAUGAGGGAAACUACGCU